UUUCUCCACAACACAAAUAUUACAAAGGUGACCCAUCCAUCUCUCUCUCGCUCCUGUUUAGGAAUGGUUGGACAUGAAGCUACGCUGGAACACUGAUGACUACCUGGGCAUCACUACCAUCAGAGUCCCAUCGGACUCCAUCUGGAUCCCAGACAUUGUGCUCUAUGACAAUGCCGAUGGACGUUUUGAGGGCUCUGUCACCAAGGCUGUUGUCAAGUAUGAUGGCACCAUCACCUGGACACAGCCCGCUAACUACAAGUCAGCCUGCAUCAUCGAUGUCACCUUCUUCCCCUUUGAUCUGCAGAACUGCUCCAUGAAGUUUGGCUCCUGGACCUAUGAUGGCUCACAGGUUGACAUCCUCCUGGAGGACUUUCAUGUGGAUAAGAGGGACUACUUUGACAGUGGCGAAUGGGAUAUAGUGAAAGCAACAGGCAGCCGUGGUCUGAGGAUGGACGGUCCCUGCCACUUCCCCUUCAUCACCUACUCCUUCAUCAUCCGCAGACUGCCGCUCUUCUACACCCUCUUCCUUAUUAUCCCUUGUAUCGGCCUUUCUUUCCUCACCAUCCUGGUCUUCUACCUGCCCUCCAACGGCGGGGAGAAGAUCUCCCUGUGCACCUCUGUGCUGGUGUCCCUCACAGUCUUCCUUCUCGUGAUCGAGGAGAUAAUUCCGUCCUCCUCCAAGGUCAUCCCUCUGAUUGGGGAGUACCUGGUGUUCACCAUGAUC